AUGCAUGUCCCUGCCUCCUCGUCCCACCUGCAUCUGCCAUCCUUGCUGCUGCCUCUGUUACUGGGACUCACAGGAAUGACAGGUGGGGAGGGGCUGCAGGUGAUUCAGCCUGAGAAGUCUGUGUUGGUCUCAGGAGGAGAUUCAGCCACUCUGCCCUGCACGGUGACCUCCCUGUUACCCACUGGGCCCAUCAAAUGGUUUCGGGGAACGAAGCCAGGACGGGAGAUAAUCUACAGUCUCAAAGGAGGCCCCUUCCCCCGAGUAACAAAUAUUUCAGACGUCAUGUGGAGAAACAACAUGGACUUUUCCAUCCGCAUCAGUAACAUCACCCCAGCAGACGCUGGUGUCUACUACUGUGUGAAGUUCCAGAGAGGAAUCCCUGAUGACGUGGAGUAUAAGUCUGGACCAGGCACCUGGCUCUUUGUGUAUGCUAAGCCCUCUCUUCCAGAGAUUUCUGGCCCCUCCAACAGGACCAGUCCAGGCCAGAUAGUGAAUCUCACCUGCACAUCAACAGGCUUCUUUCCCAAAAAUAUACAUCUCAAGUGGUUUGAAAAUGGUGUGGAGCGUCCAGCCCAUCAGACCCUCAUCGCCCCACCUGGAGAUGCUUUCUCCUACACCAUCAUCAGCACCACCCUGGUGACCCUGGCCUUGUCCUCACUCCACUCCCAGGUCACCUGCCAAGUGGCUCACAGUGAACUGCAGAGUCCCCUCAGUGGGCAUAUGAACAUCUCCAAAUUCCUUCAAGUGAAUAUGUCGGUGCACCACGUUCCAAGCCUCCAGGUGACCAUCCUCACCUGUCAUGUGCAAAGGUUUUACCCCAAAGGCAUACAAAUCACCUGGCAGGGGAGGAAAGGAUGCUUCAAUACCCAUGAGGUCUUCACCCCCACCAAGAACCCAGAUGGCACAUUCAGCCAAGACAAUCAUAUCCUGGUCAGCACCUCGGAGUACAAAAGGCUGUUCACCUGCCAGGUGCGGCGUGAGGCCCAGACACUGGUCCAGACCAGCAUGCAGCUGAGCGAGCUUACAGAACAGCAGGCGAGUUUGGGUGAGUAG